UGGCAAAGAGUGAAUGAAUGGGACAAGGAAGUGAAAGUAAAAGCACGCAAUUGGCAUAAACAAAAAGUCCAUUGAUCUUAUCCAAUCCAAAGUAUGAUAUGAUAUGAGAGUCCAAUACAAGGCACAACAAACCUUUUUGAUUUUUGAUUUGAAAACCAAAACCCAAACAAACAAACCUCUGCAAUUCAUCCAACCAACCAUGUCAUCUUUGAGUUUCAGGUGACGGUAGAUCUGUAAAUGCAUAUGAUCGGUAGAUAUGUUCCAUCGUGGCUCUGUCACAUUCUCGACUGCAUGGGAGCAGAGGUUGUCUUGGAUGUUUCUCAAAACCCCUUGUUAUUUCAAUGGGUGAGGCCGAUGCAUCUAAGGGACUAAAAACUCAAGCCCAAACAAUGAACAACGACAACAGGUCUGAUGAUUUUUUUUGGAGCAGCAGUGCUAUUGAAUUGGAUCACGGUGCAAUUCAGUCCCAGAGAAGCAUUUCAUCCAUUUCCGUGUCAAACCAUCCUUCUGAUCCUCAAAGUAGUGAUGGCAUUCAGACUGAUUCUCCAGAAUUUGUCAAUCAUGGUCUUCUUCUGUGGAACCAAACAAGGCAACAAUGGGUUGGAAAUAAAAGGUCCGGGCGUCCAAAACAAGUUGGGGAACCCAAACUAAGUUGGAAUGCCACCUACGAGAGUCUACUUGGGACUAACAAGCCUUUUCCUGAGCGCAUUCCUCUUGGAGAAAUGAUUGACUUUCUUGUUGAUAUAUGGGAAUUAGAGGGCAUGUAUGAUUGAACAGGCGAAACAGGUUUUUAUUCCCCUCUAGAUUUUGCAGGAGAGGGAAGGUGUGGUAUUCAUCCUCCUAAUGUUUAUUGGAUAGUUGUAAAUGAGUUAACUAUGUCUAGUUGUUUUUAUUUUUUCUGUGUGGUGCGUUCUACAUUUAGUAAGAUUAUUACAUCAACUGUGUGAUGCUUCCUGAUUUUCUAUUAA